AUGGAUUUGAGAGACUGGGUAGACGCCCACGCGUCAUUUGAUGAGGGCCUUGGCAGGAUCGUCACGGGGCUGGCCAUACUUCUUGGGAUAUACGAGUCCGUGGAAGACAUUACAUACAAGGUUUCACUUGUCCGUGCGGCGGAGCCCGGUGAAGGGCCGCCCUGGGUUGGCUUGGCCCACUCGGGGACAGGUACGUCAUUAACCCUGAGCUGGUCAGCAGAAUGGGGAUCAGGAAAAGUAUUGAUACAAAUUACGUCACAGUUUUCCGUAGAAAGAGCCACGAGGGAACACGUCAUUGUCGGCGCCAAGAUCCACAUUAUCCCAGGUUGGGCAUUUCGGACGGGCGGACACCCGACGGCGUCCUCAAUACCCGACGAGCAGGUAGAUGGAAGAGUCAUCUUGUCGGAAUCGACAAGCUGGGGGACGGAGGCCGUAGCAGAGUGUUCAAGGGACCUACGCUUUCUAGCAGCACGGUUAGUUUGGGCAGGUGACGAUGAGCUAGCGAGCAAUGUGCACAUGGAACUACACUCGUCAAGUGCCGGAUCAGGUAGUAUCCGCGGGCGCCGCACUCAACGAGCGAGGCCCCGGAAAGGAGACGACUCGGAUCAAGUUGUAGCUAAUGAUGGGAGUGACGAGAAGCUGCCGCCAGCACGUUCUAUGAGGAAGGCCCAUUAUGAAAGGCUUGUAUCCAAGGUCAAUACGUCUGCCAAUGAAUGGUUUAUGUUUGACUUACUGUUCGAUCGAGCGUGCGACGACCACUCAGCGGGCGCACUAACUCACAAGAUUCUUCAGAUUCGCAGUCGUAAGGGAGACGUACGGGCAGGCGACUCUAAGAUCGGCGCCAAAGGUUGUAUAGUGUGUAACAUUGAGGCCAGAGACUGUGAUAGAGCCGUCAUAUACUCUGAGACCGUCUGCGAACCCGUCCAGGUUAAUAAGCCGGGAUUGAAAAACAGCGGUUACAAUUGGACAUACUGGCUUUACUAUGAAAUGUACGCCAGCGGAAUCCGCACAGAUAGUAGGGAGAUACGCCAACUGGAUACCUAUGCUAACUCGCGCCACACGCUGAACGGCUUCAGGUGGAUGCUAUCCUGCUAUGGAGCUAUGAGGUCGAUAUACCCGUUGCUGAACAAGGAGUGGAGCCUCAACAGCCUUCGUCAUGUCGAGGGCUUGGUUGGCUGUAUUUUAGUGUUCGACUGUGGAUUCGUAGCUAUGGAUGCUGCAUACUGGAGUGCUCUCUGGGAUGAAUCGGGGUCACUUUGGCAAACCCUGGCGCGGUAUAACGCGCCGCCUAGAACGAGGUGUGUUCUGGAGCCGGAUGUGGUUACAUAUUCAAACGACUCCGGAUCGUAA